AUGGUGAAAAAUCAAAAAACCAUAGGAGUGUUGGGGGGAGGACAGUUAGGCCGUAUGAUGCAGGAGGCAGCACACAGGCUAGGAGUGGAGUUGGUUUUUGUAGAUCCACAGCAAGAUUCACCUGCAAAACAGCUCAGCAAUGCCGAGCAUAUUCACAAGGCAUUCACAGACAAAGAAGCUAUAUUUGAGCUUGCAAGCAAGGUUGAUGUGAUUACUAUGGAGAUAGAGCAUGUAGAUACCUCCGCGUUAACGGAAUUGUCGGUUGAUCAAAUGAGAAAUGGCAAAGCCCAAGACUUUGGCGCAGCAGGAGAAAGAGAUCUUGGUAUAUAUCCCUCACCAAAGGUGAUAGAGGUAAUCCAGGACAAGUAUAUACAACAUAGGGUUCUAAAGGAUGCAGGAAUAGCAGUGGCGGACUUUAGCGACGUUGAAAGUGUAGAGCAGGCAAUUACCAUAGGAGAGAGGUACGGAUAUCCGUAUUUGCUAAAAAGUAAAAGAGGUGCGUAUGAUGGUAGGGGAAAUGUAGUUGUGAAGGCAAAAGAGGAUAUUAGAAUGGCCUGGGAUCAGUUAACAGGUGGUGGGUGUAGCAAUAUAACGAUGGGUGAAAAUGGGACAAGGGAUUCGGGUAUAUAUGCCGAAAAAAUGGUUAAUUUUGACAAGGAAAUCGCGGUGAUGGUUGUUAAGGGCUUGAAAGCUGGGGAAACAGAAAGUUAUCCGAUAGUCGAAACAAUCCAGAAAAACAAUAUUUGUCAUGUUGUGUACGCACCUGCAGGAAUAGACGGGUUAUUGAUGGAAAAGGCAAAGGAAUUGGCGGAAAAGGCAGUUGAAAGCAUAUGCAACAUUCCAUAUGAAAUUGAAUGUGAUGGACAGAAACAGAAGGUUUUUGGAAACAGUGCAGGUGUGUUUGGGGUAGAAAUGUUUUUGUUACAAGGAGAGGGUGAAAUCUUGGUUAACGAGAUUGCGCCACGGCCACAUAAUUCAGGGCACUACACAAUCGAGGCAUGUGAGACAUCACAGUUUGAAAACCAUAUUAGGAGUGUUUUAGGGAUGCCAAUAGGAUCAACUAACCUUAAGGUUCCUAACGCAGCGAUGGUAAAUAUCUUGGGUGUUAGUAACGAGGACGAGUGCUUUAUUGAAUAUUGCAAAGCACAUAAUAUAGAUAGUGCCAAAACCAGUCCAAUGGACGUGAUUGUUAACAAAUUAUUGGCCGUGAAGGGAAGUACCGUCCAUAUGUAUGGUAAAAGUGAAAACAAAAAGGGCCGGAAAAUGGGUCAUGUAACGGUAGUGGGUGACUCGGCCGUAGUGGUUGAGAAAAAGGUAAAGGAGAUUUUGGGUAUUGUUAAUUUCAAGACACCGGAAAAUUCCCAGCCGCGACAAGUGGAGACAGGUACUGUGCAGAGUGGGUAUAAACCUGCACCACUUGUGGCCAUUAUAAUGGGAUCUGAUUCGGAUCUACCAGUAAUGAAACAAGCAGCUGUUCAACUUGAAAAAUUCAACGUUCCCUACGAGUUAACAAUAGUGUCUGCACACAGAACGGCACAUAGGAUGGUGGAAUAUGCCACAAAUGCUCAUAAACGAGGAUUUAAGGUGAUAAUCGCCGGUGCUGGGGGAGCCGCGCAUUUACCUGGAAUGGUAGCUGCGUUGACACCUCUUCCUGUCAUUGGAGUUCCUGUAAAAGGUAGAACUCUUGAUGGUGUUGAUUCGCUGUAUAGCAUUGUUCAAAUGCCCAGUGGUAUUCCCGUCGCAACUGUUGCUAUAAACAACGCAGAUAACGCUGGAAUUCUUGCAGCAAGAAUCCUUGCUUCCUCGUCUGGAUCAUAUUUGGACGGGGUCCAAGCUCAACUUGACAACCUGAAUGCUGAAGUUAGUAAAAAGAUAGAUAGGAUUGAGCAGGUGGGAUGGAGGGAUUAUUGA